AAGAGAAGAAUGAAGGGGGUUAACGUUGUUAUAAUUAUAUCAAUGUUGGUGGUGUUAGCCAUGGUUCAGCUGUCGUUCAUGGCAAGGCCAGGCGAGGCGAUGACAUCGUUGACAUGUGAGCAAGUGGGGGCGUGUUUGGCCCCCUGCAUUCCCUUUCUCACUCAGGGAGGUGAGCCUUCGAGUAAAUGCUGUGAAGGCGUGAAGAACAUCAAGGCAAGCACUCCGACCGCCCAGGACAAGAGGGAUGCGUGUGAAUGCGUUAAGGCUGCCGCCAAUCACUUGUCCAAUUUGAAGGAUGACAUGGCUGCUGCUCUCCCUACCAAGUGCAAGGUUCAGAUGGAUAUUCCAGUCUCCCGGACCACCAACUGUGACACCCUUAACUGAGAUCGGAGCAAUCAAGGCAAGAAAUAAAAAGAAUCGAAGGUGCCGUUAAUGUUUGUCUUUG